AUGAGUCAGAGCAGUGGCAAGUUGCCUGCAGUGCCACCACUCAAACGAUGGAAGCUCGAGGUACCCCAUCGUGUCCAGCAUGAAAAAGACAGGUCAGCCCAGAUGGAUAAGUUGAAGAGUGGACUUCGAGAUGUUGACAAGCUGCUGAAAUCUGUGAAGACAAAAUUUGUCGGUGGAGUCAAUGGUUCUCAGGCCCGUCGUACACGUGCAAUUCGUGCACACCUUGAUCUUGUUGUCCGGAACGGGCGUGUCUCUGCUGAUGCAGCUGAACGUGCAGCAGAAGCAAAUGGUUUUGCUGCUGCAUGGGGUGGACGGCAGCUUCGUAGCUGGACAUGCCAGUGGAUCAAUGAUCGAAAACUCCCUGAAUCCAUGCAAGGGCACCAUACGAAAUCAAUGAAUCCCGAAAAGCUUGCAAAAUUUACAAACAACGAGAUGAUCACAAAAGAAGCAGAUCUCUACCUGAAGAAUGUCGUCAAUGAUGAGAUGCCAAAUGCCCUCAAAAGAUAUAUUGAGUUGGAGCUUUUUCCUCGUAUUCAUCUCAAAAUGACGGCACAAUCCAAUGACAUGAAUGACAAAGAAUGGGUUUUUGACAACGAGUUCAAUGAUGUGAUUUGUUCAACAUGUGGACAUCUUUCACAGGCAGGCAAAUCUAUGGAAUAUGGGAAGAAUUAUGAAGGGUAUUGGAAUGGUGAGCGGUUUUGCACUCAGAUGGCUGAGAAAAUUAUUCCGGCAUUCGAAGCAGCUCACGGAGCAGGCUAUCAGGCUUUAUUCAUCAUUGACAAUUCCCAGGGGCAUUCUGCAUAUGCUGAAGAUGCACUGCGGGUUGACAGUCGCAUGAAUGCACGAAUGUGGAACAGAUGGUUUGUUUGCGACAGAGUCCGUAUUGAACAAGAGAUGGUGUUCGCAGCUAGCCACCCACAAUAUCCAAAUCAACCUAAAGGUAUCAAAGGAAUUCUCAUCAAAAAAUACCUCCGUGAUAACUGUGACGGCUCAUUCGAGACGUUGAAGACAAACAUGCCAAAAGCACUUGAAUCUCUGUGGGAACAUUGUAUGCACAGGUGUAUAGAGGCUUACAGAUCGGGCUUACCGACGAAGGAGGCUCAAUUACAGGUCCGACAGUUCAGCUCCACGAAGUAUAAAUCACAGACGCAUUCCAGAGACAUUGUGUUCUACUCAUCAAAAGGAGUGUUUUUGCAAGAGGAAAAUAAAAUCCGACUUUUUUUGGAGGUGGUGGGAAGUUUGCACAAAGUAGGCGGUGACUAA